AUAAAACCAGCCAUCCUUAUUACCAUUACAUCCACCGUUGUCUUAGGAACUAUAAUUGUUCUAUUUAGCUCCCACUGAUUCAUAAUCUGAGUUGGCUUUGAAAUAAAUAUACUAGCCAUUAUCCCAAUUCUAAUAAAAAAAUAUAACCCACGAGCCAUAGAAGCUUCCACAAAAUAUUUUCUAACACAAGCUACAGCAUCCAUGCUUCUAAUGCUAAGCAUCAUCAUCAAUCUACUAUGCUCAGGACACUGGACAGUUUCAACAAUUCCCAAUCCAGUAGCAUCUACCAUAAUUACUAUUGCUCUAACAAUAAAACUUGGCCUAUCACCAUUUCACUUUUGAGUCCCAGAAGUUACACAAGGCAUUUCCUUAUCUUCAGGAAUAAUCCUAUUAACAUGACAAAAAAUUGCACCUUUAUCCAUUCUAUACCAAAUUUCACCAUCCGUUAACUCAAAUCUCUUACUAAUAAUAGCUAUCACAUCCAUACUGGUAGGAGGCUGAGGAGGAUUAAAUCAAACCCAACUCCGAAAAAUCUUGGCAUACUCCUCAAUUACCCAUAUAGGCUGAAUGGCUGCUAUUAUAGUAUAUAAUCCUACCCUAGCAAUUCUUAACCUAACAAUUUACAUCAUAAUAACUCUAGGAACAUUUAUACUAUUCAUACAUAGCUCAUCUACAACAACACUAUCACUAUCUUAUACAUGAAAUAAAUUCCCAUUAAUAGCCCCACUAAUCUUAAUACUUAUACUAUCACUAGGAGGCCUCCCUCCUCUCUCAGGCUUUAUCCCCAAAUGAAUAAUUAUUCAAGAAUUAACAAAAAACGACAUAAUUAUUAUACCUACACUUAUAGCCAUUACAGCCCUACUAAACCUAUAUUUUUACACACGCCUAACAUAUACUACAGCACUAACUAUAUUUCCCGCAACAAAUAAUAUAAAAAUAAAAUGACAAUUCGAAACCACAAAAAAGACAACUCUCCUAGCCCCUCUAAUCGUGACAUCAACUAUACUACUACCACUAACCCCAAUACUAGCAGCUCUUGAUU